AUGUCUAAACCAGGAGGUUACAGCAGCCAGUCCUAUGCCCCCGGCCGUUCAGGACCGGCCAAAAGCAAACCGAUUGAAAAAAUCGACUCCUCUGGCAAAUCCAAGGAGAAGGACGACAUGGUUGGACUCAAUGACAAGUUCGUCAGGUUGAUUGAUAAGAUGAAAAUGCAGGAGGACGAGAACCAAAAGCUGGACACGAAGCUGAAGAUCCUCAAGGAGCAGGAGGACUACGACGGGAAGGUCAACGACAUUGUGAAACAGCUGGAGAUGGAGCUGGAGCAGCAGAUCGAGAACUUGCUGCGUGACCAAGAGAAGCUCAAGGCUGAGCUGCUCAAGAACCAGGAGGAAGUGUUGGACACCAAAAAGAAGUAUGAGGAUGAGAUGAAAAAGAAGACUGAUCUGGAGAAUGAAUUUGUUGUCACCAAAAAGGAGGUUGAUGAAGGUCAGUUGGAUUUAGUAGAUCAGGCUCUGGAGCUGGAAGACCUGGCAGGGAAGCUGGACUUCCGCAGGGCUGGCUAUGAUGAGGAGAUCAAAGAGAUGCAGUCGCUCAUCCAGAACGAGACAGUGGUGUUACGUGACAGCAGCAAACGGUCGCUGGACAUGGACGAGAUCAUCGAGAAUGUCAAGAAGCAGUAUGCCAACAUGGCCGCCCGUAGUAGGGAGGAAGCCGAGCUCUGGAACCAGAAAAAGAUGGAUGUCAUGGUUACCAGAGCAGGACAACGUGAGCAGGAAGUUCGUGAUGUAAAGAGGGACAUCUCAGACUUGAUUCGCCUUAUCCAGAAGCUCAACGGGGACCUGGAGGCUCUCACAAGGAAGGAGGAGACCCUGAAGAAGGAAAUCGAUGAAUUGAGGACAGAGGGCGACGAGAACUUGGAGAAGUCCCGGGAGACCAUUGCCCAGCUGGAGGAGGCCUUGAGGCGGGCUAAGCAGGACUUGGCUAAACAGAUCCGUGAAUACCAAGAGCUGAUGAACCUCAAGUUGGGAUUGGACAUCGAGAUCGCCACCUACCGCAAGCUGCUGGAGGGCGAAGAGCAGAGGUGA